AUGGAUUCAUUUACUAAAUUUAUAAAAAGUGUUUUGCCUCCGGCGGAGCCACGAACUGCUUCUUCGCUCGUGGAAGCCAGGGUGUACCAAAAACCCACAAAUCAGCUACCUCCCUCACGAGACAGCUCGCCUCCAGGGACACCUCCAGGAUCACCGAAGCCCAAAAAGAAGACCAAUGAAAACGAAGAAGAGAAAGAUAAAUAA